AUGUGGUUUUUUAGGAGAAGGCUUCCUAAAAUUCCCAGAGCUCUCAUUUGGCUUGUUGUUUUAAUACACUUUUGCAUAUUCAUUGCUAAUUUCAGCUCCUUGUUUGGCUUGUGGAAGACAAAGACUUUCAGGCGAUUGAGCAUUUUCCAACGUGCCCCAGAUAUUCUACAAGUGGACACCCAAGAGCAUCAGGGUUUAAACUAUUCUGAUAAUGGGAACUCAAAGAGCUUUUUAAAGGUAACUUUGGGGAGAGACAGCACAAGGCUCGAACAAGAUAUGGUUGAGAGGACACCAAGAUGGGAAGGGAAGAAGGAGCAGAAGAAAGUUAUGAAACCAGUUGCCAUGGUGGAGGAAGCCAAGGAGAACAUGAUUAUGAAACCAGCCCCUGGGAUGGAGGGAGUCAAGAAGACAACAGUGAAAACAGCCCCUAGUGUGCAAGGAAACAAGGAGAAAACGGUGAGACCAGCCCCAGAGGUGGAAGAAACCAAGGAGAAGGCAACAAUGAAACCAUCCUCUGGGGUGAAGGGAACUCAUGAAAACAACAUAUCCAAAGACCAAAUAAAGCCAAAAGAGCUCCCUGCAUCAGUGAAAACUGUAAGACCUGUUCCUCAGGCUGCUGCAGUGACAGAAAAGAAGAAACUGAGGGCCGCAGACUUCAAGUCUGAGCCGCAGUGGGGUUUCGAGGACAAGUACCUGCUGGACAACUCAUCUCCACCAUCGACCUGCUCUGAAUCAGUGAAGGCCAAAGCUGCCAAGUCUGACUGGCUGCAAGAUCUUUUCUUGCCCAACAUCAUGCUCUUCACAGACAAGAGGUACUUCAAUGACAGUGAGUGGGACCGCCUGGAACAUUUUGCUCCUCCGUUUGGCUUCAUGGAGCUGAAUUAUUCAUUGGUGGAGGAGGUCAUGUCCCUGCUGCCCCCGAAUCCCCACCAGCAGCUGCUCCUGGCCAACAGCAACAGCAGCGUGCCGACAUGUAUCAGCUGUGCUGUCGUGGGGAAUGGGGGAAUAUUGAAUAACUCUGGGAUGGGCCAGGAGAUUGACUCCCAUGACUACGUCUUCCGGGUGAGUGGGGCUAUAACCAAAGGUUACGAAAAAGAUGUGGGAACAAAAACCUCCUUUUAUGGAUUCACAGCCUACUCCCUGGUGUCCUCUCUCCAGAUCUUGGGACACAGAGGGUUCAGCAACAUCCCAUGGGGAAAACAUGUCAGAUACAUUCACUUCCUGGAAGGAGCUAGAGACUACGAGUGGCUGAAGGCUCUUCUGCUGAACAAGAACGUCAGGAAAGGAUUCUUGAACGACAACGGGCAGAAGCCCCGGGAGAGAUUUGAUGAAGAUUUCACAAUGGACAAAUACCUGGUGGUUCACCCUGAUUUCCUCAGAUACAUGAAAAAUAGGUUUUUAAAAUCUAAAAGUCUGGAAAAGCCCUACUGGCGUCUGUACAGACCCACAACAGGGGCCUUCCUGCUGCUGACUGCCCUCCAUCUCUGUGACCGGGUGAGUGCCUAUGGCUACAUCACAGAGGGUCACGAGAAGUACUCAGAUCACUACUAUGACAAGGACUGGAAACGUCUGAUUUUCUACACUAACCAUGACUUCAACCUGGAGAAGCAAGUGUGGAAAAAGCUCCAUGACGAGAAUAUCAUGAAGCUUUACCAGAGAUCCUGA